AUGACUCCCAAGAUCAUUCUUGUCACUGGUGCCAAUACCGGCAUCGGAUUUGAAACCGUCAAAGCCUUCCUCCAAUCACCAAACUCUUAUUAUAUCUAUCUCGGCAGCAGGACCCUCGAGAAGGGUGCUGCUGCCCUUGAAAAGGUCAAAGCCGAAUGUCCAGAUUCAACCAACACGGUCGAGCUGCUCCAGAUUGAUGUCAGCAGUGAUGAGUCGAUCGAGAAGGCAUUUGAGAUUGUGAAGAAGGCCCAUGGUCAUCUCGAUGUUCUUGUCAAUAAUGCUGGUGCCGCAUAUGACACUGAGUUCAAGCAAGGGACGAUGGGUCUCAGAGAGUCCUUCAACAAGGCCUACGAUGUCAACGUGGCUGGCACCAACGUCGUCACCUGGACCUUUGUCCCCUUGCUCAUGAAGGCCAAGGAGCCUCGGCUGCUCUUCGUCGCCGGCCUGUCGCAGAUGACCCAGGCUGCCGAGUCUUACUUCCCCGUGCCGCCGCAGCCAGCCGGGUGGCCCAAGAAGAUCGACUUUGACCCAAUAGGCUACCGCUGCAGCAAGACGGCCUUGAGCAUGCUGAUGCUCGACUGGAACCACAAGCUCAAGGCGGACGGGAUCAAGGUCUUCAGCGUCAGCCCCGGCCUCUGUAACACGGACCUGGGAGGACUGAAAGGGAAGAUAUAUGAAGAGAUGGGCGCGACCCAUCCCAGCGAGGGUGGGCAGAGACUGCUGCGCGUGGCCGAGGGCCAUAGAGAUGCUGAUGCGGGCAAGAUCGUGGAGAAGGUUGGACUUCUUCCAUGGUAA